AUGGGGACCAGAAGGAGAAUUCGAGGGCGCGUUUUCUAUCUCCCAUCCCCAAAUAGAUUAUGCCAGCAGCUAGAAGCUGUCCAAGGAAAUAUCUGGAUUCGCCCCCUAGAGAGAUGGCGGCAUAAGCACUUUUUGGUAACUUUGACAGAAAAGGACUUUAGUGCUGACUGAUGCCUAGGACGAGGAGUUCAAGUCGAAGAAGGCAGAGAGGUGCUGAAAUAA